AAAAGUGUAAUGUUGUUCUCGAUUUCUGGACGUAGGUGCGCCCACAAUUAUGUAACCUGACAGUUUACACUUGUGAGGUUACUGCACUUUUCUGUCAACGUAACUAACAAAAAAAAUGUUAUUUUAAAAUAUAAGAAAAAGAGUGGACGAAACCUAAAAAAAGUAACACCGAAAUCGAUUUAAUGUUCACUGAAGACCUGUUCACUUGUGACCAACCCCCAGAGCCUUACGAUUGCAAACAAUGCGGCUUUAAAACCGACUUUAAGACAAUUCUGCAUCUCCACGAGCGCAAAUUCCACCAAAAUUUCGACGAAAACCGACAAUUCCGCAAGUACAAAUGCCAAAAGUGCGACCUGAUAACGUUCUCCCUCCUGAUUUACUCCAAACAUCGGUCAACAACAUGCAAACAAGUGUACCGAUUUUCAUGCCCCCAGUGCCCCUUCAAAGCCACCCAAAAAGUCACAAUCAAAUUCCACAUCAUCAGCAAGCACACGCCACUCGACGAAAUCAAAUGGUUCCAGUGCGAAAAAUGCCCAUACAAAUCCAAAAUAAAAUCAACUUUACUCCGACACACCAAACGCCAGCACCAACCACUGGACGAUUCUCAAUGGUUUAGUUGCGAUUUGUGCAAUUAUAAAACCCAACGCCAGGACCAGUUGAAAAGACACCACAAUUUCAACCAUCUGGUUUCGCAAAACACGAUUUAUGGUUGCACUAAGUGUGACUAUAAAACCAAAGAACCAAACUGUCUGAAAAACCAUCUAGGUGGGCACUCACAAACGGACGAGAUGUGGCUGCAGUGCAACCAAUGCGACUACAAAACCAAGCUAAAGGCGUCCCUAACACGUCAUGUUAAUUUAAAACACACUGUUAUUGGUUCAAAUCAACUGUGUUGCGAUUUAUGUAAUUAUAAAACAAACCGCGAAAAAAACUUAAAAAGGCACAAAAGCUACAACCAUUCGACACCCAAUGUUAUCGUCUAUGGGUGUACGCAAUGUUCCUUCAAAACCAAGCAUCCAAAGGUGCUAAAGCACCACCAACUUCAGGAACAUACAAAUGGGUCAGAAGACAUAUGGCUACAGUGUGACCAAUGCGACUUCAAAACCAAGAUCAAUUAUCUCCUAACUAAACAUUUCAAACUUAAACAUACAAUUGUUGACGACUCGCUUCUGAUUGGUUGCGAUUUAUGCGACUAUAAGACCGAACGGUUGAAUAACCUAAAAAGGCACAAACGCUACAACCAUUCCCCUCCGCAAGACUCAAUCAAGUAUGUGUGCAGCAAAUGUCCCUUCAAAACAAAACACAGCACAGUUCUCAAAUACCACGUGAUCAGGCAACACACAGCCGCCUUGGACGCGCAGUGGUUUAAGUGCGACCAAUGCAAUUACCAAUCAAAGAUCCAGUCGGACUUAAAAUCACACGUUCGAUUAAGGCACAUGUGUGAAAGUCGGCGCAAAAAAGUGCAAUAUGCUGACACUGUCCCCAAGGACUGCAAAUGCCUGCUCUGCCCGUACAAAACAGCAAGCCAUGAAGCUUUACAAAAACACGUGGCUUUUAGACAUAAUCCAUCCAAAUUGUUGCACGAGUGCCCGCAUUGUUUUUUCACGACCAGGUUUCGGACGUAUUUGAACCAGCACAUCAUCAGGGAGCAUUCGGAUGUGGAAGCGGUCAAGUGGUUUGAGUGUGAUCGGUGUGAUUAUAAGGGAAAGUUUAAGCAGUAUUUGGUGAGGCAUGUGAGGGCGGUGCAUGAAAGUGAUGAGACGAAGAUGUUCAAGUGUGAGUUUUGCGAGUAUAAGUCGAAAAGGAAGGAGAAUGUUAAGAGGCAUAAGUUUACCAUGCAUUUGGGGAAGAAGGAAGCAGUGUGAAGGGUUGAUUUUUUGUGUUGUUGCUUUAUAAAUAUAUUUUUUAUUUAAUUGUGUUUGUGAUUGGGAAAUAAAUAAAAAUUUUCAGAACGGUUUAACAGAAAACCUUGAAAUUUGGGGAACGGCUAAAAGUGUUUAAAUUCUAUCAUCUGAGAGCUUUUUCAAAUUUUUAUCGUCAUUUAUUUUGAAAAUUCAAGGCUAACUUGAUUUUUUUUAAUGGCACGAAGGGUCAAAUUUAAUCAUUUUUAAAAGAGCAUUUUUUUCUGAAUUCAAUGAUGUAACAUGAUACCCACCUUUACUUUUACUAAAAUGUAAAAAAAUAAAAAUUCAAAAUUUUUCUGGAAUAGUAAAACUAAGUUAGCUUUGAAAACACUGUCAUUAGCGAUAUCUGUCACUUGUAUAUUAGAUAAAAAUUAAACUUGGGUGCAAUAAUUAGUUUAAUAAUGGUACAUUUAAGUAAAACAGCGAAAAAAAUCUAAUGUUGGUUUAUUAUGGAGACAGAAAGCCAAGAAGUUAGUGGAAAUCAGUUUGAACAUCGUUUGUAGCAUAAAAAUCAAGUAUUCCGUGUUUAAAAUUUCUUAAUUAAAACGUGUUCUUUUUCAGUUAAAAGUGUUAUUUUAACAAUUAUUUUUAACUUUUACUUAUUUUUUGGUUAAUGAGCUAACGAUAGAUAAAGACAACAUUUCCAAGGCUACAUUUUUCAAAAUUUUCGAUUUUUUUUUAAGUUUCGAUUUAAGUAAGGUAUGCAUGUGUUAUACCAUAGAACUCAGAAAAAAAUGCUCUUCUCAAAAAUAUUAAAUUUAAACCUUGUUGCUAUCUAAAAAAAUCAAGUUAGCCUUGUAUCCGAAGAACAAAUGGAGAUAGAAAUUUAAUAAACAUCUGAAACGAUACAAUUUAUAUACUCCUAAGCAUAAGUAUACCAAAUUUUAAUAAGUUUUGAUGAACAGUUUUUAUAAUCCAAAUUACUUUUUUCGUAUAAUUUUAACUGAGUUAAACGUGAUUUAAAAAUGACAGUGUAUGUAAAAAGCAACCUUGAUAUAGAAAAAAAGACAAUGUAUGGCCCCAGUGCAUGAAUUGAGUUAUAAAAAAAUAUUUUAAAAUUUUUAACCUAAUUGCUUAAACGUCGGUUUAGUUAAACUGAUCACGUGACCAGGUUGAACCAAUCAACCGUGCUUUGAUUCACGGGUUAAUCGCGAAUUAACGUAUAACAGGCAAAUUAACUACAAUUACACUGCGGUAUAUUUCAAAUUCGUUUUCGUUUACUAGUUUAAAAAAUUUUAAUUUUGAUGUCCAGUUUUCGGAAUUCGCGGAAAAAGACUUUGAUGCAACCUUAUAGUAGGUCUUUUCGCUUGUAGUUUUAGUGAACACCUGUCAAAUAAUGGCACAAUACAAAGUAAAUAAAUAAAAACAUUCCAAAAGUUGAUUAUUCUAAUAAAAAACAAACUUAGAGUAAUAAAUAAGUAACGAUUUGGGAUUCAAUUAUGGAAAUAUCCAAAGUUGUACUAUACAACUGUGCUCGAAAACUUGAGCCUUUGAAUUGUGAAUUUUGCACUUUUACAAGCGACUUUAAGCUUCUUUUGCAUCGCCACACCCGAAGUUUGCAUCACAAUGUUGACAUCAGCAGACACAAACUAUCUGAAGAAAUAAAGUGGUUUCAGUGUGAACAAUGUGCUUUCAAGACUAAGGUCAGCUCGAACCUACAAAGACACAUCACGAGAAAACACACUGGAUGCCAUCAAUUCAGUUGUGACUCAUGCAGUUACAAAACGCAAAACAAAAAGAAUUUCACAAAACACAAAAACUAUAAUCACUCGCAAGACGUGGUCAUGUAUGAAUGUACAGAAUGUCCAUACAAAACCAAGAAAAAAUUCAGCCUGAAAUGCCACAUAAUUAGGAGACACACGGAGUCAGAAGCCAUUAUUGAGUGGUACAACUGUGACCGCUGUACCUAUCGUUCAAAGGUGCAAAGUGACUUAAAGAAACAUACACUGGUUGUGCAUUUCACAGACUCGGAACUUAAAUGGUUUGAAUGCGAUCUUUGCGAUUAUAAAGGAAGAUUCAAAGCUAAUUUGAAUAAACAUAUUAAGAGGAAUCAUGGAGGUGCUAGUGUGGUCUUUAGUUGCGAUUUGUGUGACUACAAAUCGGAGAAAAAAUUCGAGAUUAAAAGACAUAAGUAUAGUGCACAUUUGACGAAAAAGAGAAGUACACGUGGAAGUGGUGAGAUUUUUAGGUGCGAGUUGUGCGAGUAUAAGUGUAAGAGAAAAGAUAAUUUUAGAAGGCAUAAGUUGAGCUUGCAUUCUGUAAAACAAGAAGUAUCGUGAAUUGUUAUAAUAAACUGUUUUUGUUUGUUUU